AUGAAAGGGCCGCUGAGGGGCGCGGAGACCACCCCGUCCUCUCUAGGGCAGGGACUCAGCCCGGGGAGCCGGGAGACUCGGUGCCGCCUGGCCACCUUCUCUAGGUGCAGCCCGUUCCCCGCCGCCCCGAGGAAAGGUCCCGACGAAAGGAAAGGACUCGACCUCAGCUCUCGGGCUGGACGGGUUCCUGAGGGCGGACGGCAGGGACACAUGGAUUCUCCCCAUAAAAAACUCACUAGUGCCCCUACUGACUCUUACAGUGACCUUUCUAUAGGCAACACAGAAAUGGGAGAAACUGACAAAAACAAAGACCUUAAAAGGGAGAGCCUCCAGGAAACUCAGUUUAGCCACAUCAGAUUCCUAAAGAAAAAGCAGCAUGCACAAAGAAACCAGCUAAACCAGAAUACUAGUGCCAUGCAGGAGGGGAACAAGCAUGUUGCAAAAAAAACUCUGGAUACAGCCUCAAAGGUGAGGUCAAGCGCCAUUCUGAGAAAGCUAGCACAGAUAGAAAGCAAGAUCAUGACCCGAAAGGUACAGAUGGAUUUUUCUGAUACUGAGUUGGACCUGAAGAUUUCGGAUGAAAAUAACUUAUCAGCUAGAUCCAGCCUGGAGGAGAGUGCAAGAGGUACCAGGUAUCUGAAGAAAAAUGACACAGUCAAGGAAAAUGUAACAUUGAGUAAAGUCCCUUUCAAGGGGAAAAGUAGCUGCCAGACAACAAAAAACAAAGUGCCAAUUAGAAAACAACUUAGUCUAGAUAGUGAUGAAGAGGAAAUGAGACAAUUACUAGGGAGCUCUUUGGAGUUUUCCAGUGAAAAUGAGAACCAGAAGGAUGUCACCAAUUUUUCUAAACCUGAUGGAAAGUUAUUCAUGAAGUCCAAGAUGAAGAGUCCACCAAGAACAUCUUUUCCACCCAAAAAACCGUCUGCUUCGACAAAUCUAUUUAGUGCUCCUUCGCUACUUAGCAAAAGUUCUCAGAAAAGAACCUCUGAUAGAAUUAAUCCACAAACUCCCUCUCCACCAAGUAGAAAUUUGCCAAGACUAACUAGUAUGUCUUUUCAAUCACCAACUUCAAUAAAAGACAGCAUUGCAGAGACCGUUUCACCUAGAACGAACCACAUCAAACAAAGUCAGGUGGCCUUGUCUGAAAGGAGUGAAAUCAAGUCUUUGGAUGAGUUGUUUUCAAAAGCAGCAGAUACAGAAGAUGCAACCAGUGAAAGUUCCAAUGACUUCAGAUUAAAUAUUUUGAGCAUUGAUGAUUUGGAUCCAAAUAUUUCUGGUGAUAGAGAAGCAUUAAAACAAAUGGAGACAGACAUUCAAAUAGCUAAAAAAUCAAACAAGGACUCAGAACCAAAUGUGUUUCCUGUGAAUAAUGACCAAACCUCCCUUAAAAUGGUGAGUGUCUUAACUAGUACUAAUGCUGCUUCUGACAAUGAUAUGGAAGGGGAAAUCAUGACUGAAGCUGAAAUCUCUGAGUUUUUAAGUGGAAUUUCUACAGACUAUCUUAGCGUUAGACAAGUGUUUCCUGGACCUGAGGAGAGCACUGUUAAUUCAGAAUAUUCUGAAGACUUUGAAAAAUCUCUGUCUUUACCAGUAUCUGAGACUACAGACAGAAGAUCCUUGUCUGAAAUGUCAGUGGGGCAUUCUAACAGCUCUGUGUAUUCCAGAAAAGACUUUUCUCCCUCACUCUCAUCACCUCAGUCUAAGAAAAAAUGGCAUGAGACAGUAAGCAGAGUAACUGUGAAAGAGAUGGCUGUGCAGACAACUGAUUCUCCAUUCACCUAUCACUGGUCAAAGAAGGAUGGCCCAACAAUCCUUGGCCCAGCUGUAAGAUGCAGUUAUAUUGAUCCAGUACCUAUUGCCAGUCAUGUUGUCACCAUGGAUGCCCUGGAAGCCCUAACAGCAUAUAGUCCUGCAGUGUUUGCUCUGAAUGACAUGUUAAAACAGCACUUGAUACUGACCCAGCAGUUCGUGGAGACAAUCCACCAUCUUCAUUUAUCGCUUGUGGAGUCAUUGGAGAAUGAGACAUUUCAAUAUCACACACUGGCAGAAGCAAAGGAGUACAUCAAGAAUCACAAAUCCCCACCUAUGACAAUUGAGCAAGCAUUAGAAGAAGUUCAGAAAAUGAAAGAGCAGUAGCAGGAAUUGCUUUGACCGUACCAUAAUGAAUAACCAUAUUUACUUUCACAAGUGGGAUUUUCAGUUGCAAGUCUCAAACUGAAAUAAGAUUUUCAACUGUUGUAGAAAAGGCAGAUACUGAGUUAAUUUUGUAUGUGGUGCAAAUUCAUGCCAUCUGUAAACUUUAUCCUUAUGUACAUGCUGUUCAGAAACAGGAAAGUAGCCUAUCACUACAGCAAAUGUCUUAGUUUUAAAUACCUACAUGUCUUCACGGGUAAGUUAGACUUAAAUGUGCUAAGUAAGAAACAGCACAUUAAACCUAGCAAGCAAAGAAACAAAGGAUUAUAUGUAGUGUUUGUUGCAUUAUAAAUCAGAACUUGACUUGCAUAUU